CUCGAGUGGGAGAUGAAACAUGGUAUGGACAAUGAGCAUUUUCACUACGGUCAACGCGCGAUACAUGUCUAUCGCUAACCAUUUUUUUUUUUCAUACUAACUCUAGGCGGACUAAACCCGAAGCAUUUCCACCCAGGAUUCCAGAUGCAACGCAUCCAUCCCAUGGCCUCAAACCAGGACAUGGACCAAGACCGCGACGAAGACGGCAUCAUCUUCCCAAAUGUCCACUCCAACGAAUCCUACAGCAAGAUCGUCCAACCCAUCAAGCCCGGAAACCCAGAUUCACCACUCGGCUACCUGGCUUACAACCGGCAAGGUGAUCGCAUCAUGGACUUUAGCAUGGUCGGCUGGAACGAAGGAAACACGGACCUACCAGAUACAACAGCCGAUGUUCCCGCCAUCGAGCAACUCUGGCCACGACCCGGAGCUGAUAGCGAUACUGAUCAGGGAGACGAUACGAAAAGGAUCCAGAGUGCACUCGACCGCGUCUCCGUCCUUGCGGAAGGUCGGCUUGCAGCACACGAUGUGGUACCGAGAGGUGCGCUCGUGCUUCAAAAGGGAGUGUACAGGAUCUCGAAACCGCUCAAAAUCCAUCAUGGCGGGAUCUUGUUCCGUGGAAACCCUGCAGGUGGCACCAGGAUCGUCUGUCAGUGGAAACCCACCGGACCGCGCUACGCGAUCGAAGUCGAGGGGAAAGCGGAUGAUAUGUUACCUGGUACCAAGAUCCCCAUCGUCUCAGACUACACGCCGGUCGGCUCGUUUCAUCUCAAACUCGAUCCGACAUACUUUCAAGACACUUCUUUAAAAGUAGGCGACCAGAUCAUCGUGAGCCGGGUCGGUAACGACCGCUGGAUCAAAGACAUCGGCAUGGACGACUUCAAGUCCCGCAAGAAGGGCGUCAAACCCUGGAAGAAGAUGCACGCACGGAUGUACCGCACCAUCCGUUCGCUCAACGCCCAAACCGGGAUCAUCCAACUCGACGCACCCUUGCCGAUCUCGAUCUGGCGACAAUACGGCGGUGGGUUCAUCACACAGUACCGUGACCACAAGAUCCGUGCCCUAGGGAUCCAAUAUCUCGACAUAGUCUUUCCCAAAAACAUUUGGCGCCGGACUCAGGAUAUGCUCGACCGCGAGGGGCGGGGGAGUAAAGACUACCGGUUCUCGUACGAGAUCUUUGCGAAUUACGCCCUCCGCCUCGAUCGAGCCUGUCACGUCUACGUCUCCCAUCUCACCUCGGCCUUCUUCCACAACUUUGUCUCUGUUGGUACGGACGCCCACCACAUCACGUUCGAAUCUAUCGUCCACUCCUACCCAGACGAGAUGCUCUCCGGUCAAUCGGCCUUCCAGCUCUCCGGACAACUGAUCCUCGUCAAAAACUCGCUCUCCCAGGGCUCGUUCCACUUCCUUGCGGAUAUCAAUCACGUCAUGGGCCCCAAUGUCUUUCACCGAUUCCAGGCCAUUAACAUUGGAAGACCCUACCACCCCACGCCUUCUGAUUUCGCCCCCGGAGAAAUCGGUCCGCAUAUGAAGUUCUGUACCGGGAUCCUCGUCGACCAGGUCGUGACGGACGGCUCGAUCCAGAUCGUGAACCGGGGGGAUAUGGGGACGGGCCAAGGGUACUCUGGUGCAAAUUCCGUGGUGUGGAACUCGCGUGCGCGGGAGGGGAUCCUGACCCAUCGACCGAGGGGAACUCAGAACUUUGUGAUCGGGAGCGAGGAUCUGGAGGCGAAGGAUCGACAGGCCUGGGAUGCACAUGGGUGGAAGGAACAUUUGGGCGCGGAAGUACUUCCGGGGAGCCUGUAUCUUCGCCAGUUGGCUGAUCGGUUGGACAGACUGAAUAGAGGCUGGGUUGUGUAGGAGGCUCGAGGUGGGGGUGAUGGUGGUAAAUAUGGUAGCAA